GCUGAAGGAAAAUCUACGCAGUUCAGUUUUUACUUUGUGAUUUGUGGGUGUUGAGGUUUUAAAAGUAAACAGGAGAAAUGCGGCGAAAAUUUUCAAAAAUGUUUUGGGUGAUCGUCUUGAUUGCCUUCUUUGACAUUUCCCGCGGUUCGGAUCAGCAGAACCAAGGUACAGAUGGCAUUGAUUCAGCUGUAAUAAUCAAUGGGAUAGAAGUUGCUGAUCGGUCAGAUCAUGCUUACAUGGCUUCAAUGAUUUGCUUGAAUCUUGGAAGAUGUGGGGCGACAUUGAUUGCAGCUGACAUGAUAUUAUCCGCUGCUCAUUGCAUAACAAUCCGCUCAAGUGGGACUCUUGAAAAGGCCCCAUCAUGCACAAUUUAUCUCGGAGGACUGGUUUACUAUGAUGGAGAUGUGGUCAGAACUGUCAACUCAAAUCGAAUGAUGCAUCAUGAGGAUUACACAGGACUGAGUCCAUUCAAGAAUGAUUUGUCCUUGCUUCGCAUUGAUGCUGUUUCUGUAACAUCCCAAGUGGCUCCCAUUCCUUUGCCACAGAGUGGAGCAAACUUUCAAGGAGCUACAGUUAAAAUCGUGGGUUGGGGAAUCACUGAGACUGGAAUUAACAACUGUGAAGAUGAUUAA